AAUUAAUAUUUACAAAUACAGCAAUAUUGACCGGGAAUAACAUGAAUUCCUCACCUCCGUCUAAAUUAAAGAUAGUAGUGCCCCUCCAUUUUUAAAUUCUGGGUUCGCCUCUGAUUCGUAGCUAGAUGCACCAUCUAACAGGGGAAAAGUAGUUGGCUUAAGGUAAGAACCUAACUUCGUGUGCUUUUUAAGGGGAAGAUAUUUAGAAGAAGUAAUUUUUGUGCACUGUUGUAUUCGUAUACUCUUGUGUUGUUAUUUGCUAAGUAUUUAAUAAAUGUUAAUGAAAAGCUGAGAAUAUUUAAAUCAAGUGGUCUGGAGAAGCAGAAACAAAUAAGUUUAUGUAUUAGAAUAUGGGAACAACACUACGGACACCUUUGGAGCUAAAGAUAAAAGCUUUUCAGUUUUGAGCUUUAGUGCUAAUGUUCACUUUGUAGAGAACAAGAACAAGAUUUAUGAAGUGGCUAACUAAGGUAUGUAAUAGGUUGCCCCCAAAGAAAAAGUGGGUAAAAGAAACUUUGUGCAAGUUAGACAGGUAAAGUAUGUAUUAAGCCUUAAAAAAGUUGACAACUUGUUACCUAUCCAAAGAAAAUGACAACUGAUAUGUGAUACAGUUCAAUCUUACUAUUUGUCAUGCCUGCCAAUUCAAGUGUAUAUUGAGUACAUGUUGCUUCAUUUGCUAAUCUAUAGAUCCUUUACUGCAGAAGUAUAAAGAGAGAGAUGGCUGCAUAUGUUGCACUGACUUCUCUAAUCGGAACGAUACAACAGCUUCAGCUUUUGCAUUCAAACUUAAAUCUAGGGGACACUAGUUUGAAAAGUUUGAAUUUACUCUACGAAAAGGUUGAUUCUCUGCACGAGCUCCUUGAUAAUUCUGAUGCUGAACAAACGGAGAAUUUGCACGCUGAAGUCAAACAUAUAGCAAAUGAAGUAGAAGACGAAGUUGAAUCACAGAUGCAAGUGGUAAUGGAUGAACAACAUGACGGACUCCAUCAACAGGAAGCCCUCGAGAGUCUUUUUGAGAUCUUACAACGAGCUAUAGAAAAGGUUGAUUCCCUCAAGGAAGGACUCAUCAAACACAGUCAAAAUGAAAAUUUGCAAGCUGGAAAUUCCUCGCUUUGUGAUUCAAGUUCACCACGAUUGCAUGCUCCAACCCUUGAGAACGAUAUGGUGGGGUACAACAUUGAACAAGCAAACAUGCUGAGUCAACUUACCGGAGGCUCAGCUCCAUUGGAAGUCAUAUCUGUUACAGGUAUGGGCGGCAUUGGUAAGUCAACUUUUGCCAAAAAUCUGUCUUCUCAUCCCUCAAUUUUGAGCUUCUUUGAUAUUUGCGGAUGGGUUACUGUGUCUGAGGACUAUAGUUUUAGAAAGAUGCUUUUAGGCCUCCUUAAAGAUGCUAAUAUUGCGAAGGAAGAAGAGCUUGAAAACAAAAGCGAUCAAGUACUAGCAGAUCGCUUGAAGAAAGGUUUAAAGGGUCGAAGGUAUUUGAUUGUUGUGGAUGACAUAUGGAGCAAGGAAGCUUGGGAUGAUAUUAGACUGUGUCUUCCAGACUAUGGUAUAAGAAGUCGGGUAUUGUUGACUACUCGAGACGUUGAGGUUGCUCAAUAUGCUAGCUCUUCUAAGGAUCCUUUCAGGAUGCAUUUACUUAACCCAGAUGACAGUUGGAAUUUGUUUUAUCAAAAAGCAUUUGCAGAAAAUUGUUUUCCAGUUGAAUUUGAGAAUGUUGGAAAGGAGGUUGCUAGAAACUGCAAAGGAUUACCACUUAUGAUUGCUGUGGUUGCCAAGAUUCUCUCUAGCAAGAGGACAUUGGAUGAGUGGAGAAAAGUAGCUCAAAGUGUGAGCUCAUUAGCAGACGUUGAUGCUUAUCGACAAUGCUCAGGAGUGCUAGCUUUAAGCUACAAUCAUCUUCCUUCUUAUUUGAAAGGUAGCUUUCUGUAUUUUGGACUUUUUCCAAAAGCUAGUGAAAUUUCUGUGGGAAAAUUAAUUAGAUUAUGGAUUGCAGAGGGACUCCUAAAAGUAAAGGGGAUGGAGAGAUUGGAAAAAGUGGCUGCUAGUCAUUUAGAUUAUCUUAUUGAUAAAAGUCUAGUUAUUGUUAGCAAGCGAAGUAUGGAUGGGGAAAUCAUGACAUGUUUGAUUCAUGAUCUUGUUCAUGAUUUCUGCUUGAGAGAAGCCGACCGCCAGAGUCUUUUGUAUAUUGAAAAUACCGAUAAUGCUGGACCUGGAUUGGUUUUCCCUCAAGGUUGUAGGUGGAUAUUAAGAAAAUCAGAGCGCUCCACUCAUUUUAGCAGUCGAUUCUAUAAUCUUGAUCAUAGCAAAUUGCGUUCCUUGUCUCUUUACCAUUCUGAUAUGUACCUUGACGUAGCACACUUUCAUUUCAAACUUCUCAGGGUAUUGGACAUGGAGGAAAAUCGUUUUUUCGAUUUCCCCAUAGCUAUACUAGACCUAGUUUUUUUAAGGUAUUUGGCAUUGACAUUUAAAAGGUCUGGACAAUUACCAAUCUCUAAACUUCUGAAUUUACAAACUCUCACUGUUCGGCCACUAUCAUACAUUAGUGAUUGGAGCAUGUCCUUACCAAAUGAAAUUUGGAAAUUAUCUCAGUUAAGGCAUCUCCAUUGCUGGUGUAUGUAUUUGGAAUCUCCUCAGACGGUAUCAGGAAAUAAGGUGAAGAACUUGGUUUUGGAAAGCAUACAAACUGUUUCUGGGUUGACACCUUCUUGUUGCACAAAGGAAGUAUUUGAAGGGAUUAAGAAAGUAAAGAAAUUGGAAAUUGCUGGUAAAGCAGAGGAAUUUCAUAGUACGACGGGAUGGGAAAAUAAUCUUAAAUAUUUAAAAGAGCUAGAAACACUAAAUGUUGCAGUUUGGCACCGUCUUGUUAUGUUCAGGUCCAACGCUGUGCCGCGUUCAAUAAAUCCAAGUCCAGGUUCUUUCCCACCAAAUCUCAAGAAGUUGACACUUAGCGGUACUUGUCUUCCAUGGAACUGCAUGAACAUUUUUAGCAAGUUGCCCAAUCUCGAGGUGCUAGAACUGAAGGAUCAUGCCUUCGUUGGCAUUGAGUGGGAAGUAACAGAGAUGGGAUUUCCAAAAUUGAAGUUCUUACUCCUUGAGCAUCUGUUUCUUAGUUAUUGGACAGCCACCGAUGAUUAUUUCCAAUGCCUUGAGCGUGUAUACAUCAGAGAUUGCGUAUACUUACAAGAGAUCCCAGAAGGAUUUGCAGAUAGUGUGACGCUGCAGCUAAUUGAGUUACAUAAAUGCUGUCUUUCUCUGGUGAUUUUUGCGGAGCAGAUCCAGGAAACGCAUGAAGAAUUGGGAAACAACUUGCUUAAAGUUUAUGCCUUUGAUUCAUUUCUUCAGCAUGAAGGAGUAACCCUUCUCUUCAAGCUGGUUCGAAUGAAAAUGCAACGCUCAAAGUCAAUCAGAUCAGAAACUGUGUGAAAUGGAAAUUCAAUGGAAUCUUUGCCG